AUGAAGCUCAUUCCUUUUGUCGCUAGCUUUUUCGCUGCAGCUUUUGCAUACAACGACCUUUCUGCUCCUGCAACAAAUGCCGUUAUCCAAGAAGGUGGUGGUGCUUACACUGUGUCUUGGUCUAACUUGACCAGUGAUACCGUUACUUUGACUUUGCUCAGCGGAAGCAAUGACAAAUUGACUCCUCUCGAGACAAUUGCUUCUGAUGUCAAAAACACCGGAACUUACAGUUGGGACGUUCCUACCCAUUUCCCUUCUGCUAAUAACUACUUGCUGUCCGUCUCUUGGGACGGUGGUGAUAGCUAUUCCAAGUAUUUCAGCUUACAAGCUUGCUCUACUUGUACCAUUUCCACGACUGACUUGAGCUACAGUGGAACCAUGUCUGCCACAUCUGUUGCUGCUUCUAAUAUUGGCACUCGUAGCGCUUCCAGUACCUCCUCUAAACCCUCAUCCUCUUCGUCUAGCAGCGGUUCCUCCUCUUCCUCUGCUCCUAUCAGUUCUUCCCAGUCAGGCAGCUCUUCCAAGUCUUCUGACUCUUCUUCCGCUCCCUCAUCUGCUAAGAGCGGAUCUAUUCUUUCCAAAGGUGGAAAGACCGCCAGCGCUGCUAGCAGCGGUUUCUCAUCUAGUUCUACUUCCGGUUCUUCCAAGUCAACCAGCGGAUCUUCCUCCUCUGGCUCUGGUUCUAGCUCUAGUUCUAGUUCUAGCUCAGCCGCUUCUCCUCUUAUAAAGACCGGCUAUAAUGUCGUUGCUGUUAUCGGUAUCGUUUCUGCCGUCACCAUGUUCCUUUAA